AUGCUCGGCAACAUCGUGGAACGCUCCAGUGAGGCCCCCAGGCCUCCCACAGCUCCUCGUGCGCCUACCGAGAGCACUUCUGGCUUCCCAACUAUCGUCCACCGCUCGCAAAAGCCCAAACGUCCCUCGGCCUUUGCAGCUGCCUCCGCUCGUCAAGCGCGGGAUACAGGCGUCGGACGAGCCGUAGAGUCCACCGAUAUACCAAAGAUCACAGCUUCAGCAGUAGUCAGCGAUGGCCCGGCACAAGCCGGACCCUCGAAGCCCAGAUCAGGAGGGAAGGAGGCCGAAUACGCUCGGAUGCAGCAGGAAAUAGGGGAUGAGAAUCGGCGGAAGGUGGAGGAGAUGACGUUCGAGGAGAGGGAAGAGGAAGUCAAGGACCUAGAGGAGAGAUUCGGGUCGAGUGUGCUGCUGGCGCUAAGGAAGAGGGCGGAGAAACGGGCUGGGAAGGCAAUUGAGGAGGGCAAAUCCGUCCGCUUUGACGCGACCGCUACAUCCCCUCUCGGAGAUGCGGAUCUCAAAUCCACCUACUUCCCUAAUACUGCCGCCGAACCAGACAAACUCGCUUGGAUGUCCUCAUCACCUAUCCCAGCAACUUCAUCAUCUGCCAACAACGGUCAUUUUCGGUUCGACCUCUCUGGCCGGCUCCUCUCUUCCUCACAACAAGCCGACCUCCCCACCCACCUCGGUCUACAUCAUCACGGAGACCAGCCCGAUAUGGCCGGCUAUACGCUUGGCGAGAUACUUCACCUCUGCCGGAGCACGGUGCCUGCUCAGCGGGUGGGGAUGAUGGGACUUCUAGCGAAAGUCAUUGGCGUACACGUGCUAGGGGACGAGCGGGAGAGUGAGGAGGUUCGGCGAAUAUGCGAGGAGGAGAGGGUGUGCGAGAAGGCAGUCAGCCUGGCUGUGGAUGCCCUGUAUGGCGGACGGAGCGUGACGCUGCUUCAGACGUCCAUCGAGCUGCUCUAUACGGCCUUGGGAGGUCCAAGCUGGACGCUGAACGAGACGGGACCGCUUGCUUUCCUGCCUGGUCCGGACGCAGGCGGACGAGCAGCCCCCGUAUCAUCGGUCCCAUUCGAAGAGCUCCUCUCCCGCAUCUCGGAACUCCUCAUCACACCCGACUACCUGCCCUCCAUAUCGAUCCACCACCUCACUCUCAUCCUCCGUCGAGCCAGCACCUCAUCCCGCGAAACAGCCGAGACCAUCCUUCCCCUCCUCCCUCCAUUACUUCAGACGCACGUCAUCCGCCGCCCAUGGCCUCUCCAGCCUGGGAAAGCCCCUCUCCUCGAGCCGCUUCGACUCAUGCGGGACCUCAUCGCCUCGUCCCGGCUCUGCGCGACCGAGAUCGUCGAUGCGGAACUGCCAGGGUCACUAUUGCGUUUCUGCGUAGUCUCGACCUGGCCGGAGGAAGAUCCGCUCGGUAUCGAGCUCUGUAUCGAAGUCGUUCGCAUUUUCGGCAGUCUGGCGCGGUACGGUCUUGCCGCUGGGACGGCCAGGACAGCGCAUGACAUGUGGGCUGUUCAGGGCGAACACGUACGGUCGUGCCUCGGAUCGGGCGAUGCGCAGGAGGUUGACCUCGCAGCAGCGUACCUGGCGCUGCUGGAGGGCUGGACGACGUGUGCCAUCGAUCCUCAUCGCACUACGCCGGAGCACGAUCUCACUUGGACCCAAAUAUCCGGGCUGGGUUGGGCGGAGGAGGCGCUCGACGUGCUGGAGAAGGAGGUACAGAAGCCGAGGGCGGAGACGGGGGUCUUGCGUGCAGCAAUCGAUGUGCUGGUCGCAUGGUUGACCGGACUGGGCAUCAACGGUGUCAAGGGAGGAGAGGAGGAGAAGGAGGCUAUAAGAGCGCGGCUUGAAGAGUCAGGCCUGCAGGCGGAAUUGUGGAGCAUACUCAAGAGCCGGCGGGAAGGCAAGACAGGAGAUCAGCUGCUUCUUUCGGCCCUCCGCCUCCAAGGAGCCCUCGCGCUUGCUCCAACAGAAGAGGGCCAAUUUGCUGCGCGCUUCACUCUGGACAAUCCGGAGGAUCACGAGCUAUUGGCAAAUCUCAAGCCAGACGGGCUCGGUCGGUCUAUCCAAUACGAGCUACUCCGCUCAUCGAUUCUACUCGGAUCCGCUCGCGGUCGGUCGGAACUCCAGCCAGCGUUCAGCUUGUUGGCAUCCUUCGGACCGGGAGAAGAGCCCCUCGCUCUUGACUUGCUGGAUGACCUCCUCAAGCUCGAUUGGCUGGUGACGGUCCCAGAACUCGCCUCGGCGGUCAAGGGCAUUGGACAUGCCGAUUCGAUUACUUUACUCCGGCCGCUCUUGCAGCAUGCAAUCCUUCCAGACGUUACCAAUAUCACCGCUCCUACGCACAUACACCACCUCUACCUCAAAGCUACCGGGACCCUCCGCGGCCCCGCACCUCCCUCUUCGGACGAGACUGGUCGGCUACCGCCUGGUCUCCCACUCCGCCCAGAAUGGUUCUUCCACCCCAUCGACGAGCUCCUCCACUCGGCCGACUCGGCGGCUCUUCAGCAGGCACCGGCUGAUUGGACGCCGAGCGAGCUGGAGAUCGUCCGCUCUACACUGGUCUUCCUCCGCCUUGCUUUGGCGUGCGGGUACAGGCUGGACCGCUCGGCGUUGCUGUUUGGGAUGAUGAAGGUGUAUAUGCUGGAGCAUCAGACGGGCGGGAUGGUGAAUACCGGCGAGAGCGAGCUGUUCAGGGAUGAUGUGGUCAAGGAGUGCUUGGGAAACUUGUUGAGCGGGAUGACGGUCGGCUCGGGCGCAUCACCAUCUUCGAUACCUUCAUCUGCCUCAGCGCCGCGCGGAGGUCUCGAGACAGCCUCAACAUCCUUCCUUGGCCUCGAACCCUUCUACCAGUUCUACACGGACCUCGUCGCGCUAUUCGAGAACGCUUCAUUUGGCGAUUCGACCUUUGCGCAAAUCCUCCUUCCUCCCCUCUCCAUGCGCUACCCCUCAGACUACCGCAAGGUCAUCUGGUCCAACCCGAAUGUCCUCCGGUUACUCCGUACUUCAGUCAAAAACGUACCGCUCGAGUCGCCCGGCGGGGAGGACGCGCUCAGAGCUCUCUACGAACCAGUGGAGAAUGACCCGGAGGUGCUGAGCGCGUAUGGGCAGGCGGUGGUCAGGGGUUGGGUGAAGCCGAAUCAGGAGUUCAUGUGGGGAGUGGCGAUAUACCAUCUGAGGGCGUUCUUUGCUCAGCCAGAUGGUGGAGGGCAGGUUGAGACAGGUGGGGACAAGACGGUCGAGCAGGAGAAGGAGGUGGCGCUGGCGAGGCUGAGGAAGGGUCUGAGGGAUGCGGUGAUGGGGUCGAGGAACGAGGCGGUGAUCCAAGCGUUGACCAAGGAGGGGGGAGUGAAGCCUUGGAGUGUCGUAUGA